CCUUUCCCUCCAAAGCGCAACGGAGAGCCCCAAGCGAAGCACCCGCCACCAUGGAGGCAUGAACACCGGAGGCAGCUGCAGCCCCGCCGCCGCCUCUUUUCCCCCAUCAACCAUGGACCGAGCAGGAAACUAACGAAGAGCAACUAAGCAAACCACCUCUCUUUCACGGCUGGAGCUGCCACCAUGGGGUUUUAAUGGACCGGAUGCUGGCCAAUUGCAACAGGGGAUUUCUACGGCUUUGCAGGGGAGGUAGCUGUAUCCAGUUGGGUGGCCGGCAGUCCCUUGGGGUGCCAUGAAGUUUUCAGGACCCCUGGAGAGCCAGAGGUUGAGUCUCCUUCUGGAGACGGCAAUCUCUAGGGAAGCUCAGAUAUGGAAAGUCCACCGGCGCAGAAUUCAGCCCAGUCAGGAUGUAGGCAUUUCUCCAACCCAGCGGGACGAAGUGGUCCAGUGGAUGGUCAAACUCAAGUUCCAGUUCCACCUUUACCCAGAAACGUUGGCCCUGGCUGUCAGUCUCUUGGACAGGUUUUUAGCUGCCGUGAAGGCCCGUCCAAAAUACUUGAACUGUAUUUCAAUCAGCUGCUUCUUCCUCGCUGCCAAGACAAUUGAGGAAGAUGAGAGGGUUCCAGUACUGAAGGUGUUGGCCAGGGACAGCUUUUGUGGCUGUUCCCCAGCUGAGAUCCGCAGGAUGGAGAAGAUCAUUCUGGACAAGUUGAACUGGGAUUUGCACAUAGCCACACCCCUGGACUUCCUUCAUAUUUUCCACGCGGUGGCCUUAUCCACCAAGCCUCAGCUGCUGACCACCUUGCCCAAGAUGAACCCGUCUCAGCAUGUGGCUCUUCUCACCAAGCAGCUGCUCCACUGCCUGGCCUGCUACCAGCUGCUCCAGUUCAAGGGGUCCAUGCUGGCGUUGGCCAUCGUCAGCCUGGAAGUGGAGAAACUCAUCCCUGACUGGCUCGCCCUCAUCAUUGAGCUGCUCCAGAAGGCACAGAUGGACAGCUCCCAGCUCAUCCACUGCCGGGAGCUCGUAGCACAGCACCUUUCCACCCUGCAGCCGUCUCCGCCGCCCAACUCGGUCUACGUCUACAGCCCCCUGAAGCACAACCUGGUGACCUGCCACGCCGGACCGGCCUUCCGAUUCCACCCAGGCUCCAAGGACAACCGCAAGCCAGAAGUGCCAGCCAAGACCUCCGCUGCGCUCUCUCGGCGGCGGCGGCGGCCGGCUCCCGGCAGGUGCAAGCAGGCGACGGCCAAGCGCAAAGUGGAGGAGAUGGAGGUGGACGACUUCUACGACGGGAUCAAGCGCCUGUACAACGAGGAGAAUGCCCCAGAGGCCGUAGCCCUAGAUGGCAAGGCCGCCUCCGCCUGCGGGGCCGACGCGUCGCGACAAGCAGCCGCUGCGUCGCCCUGCCCUCCUUUGCAGCCUGUUUCCGUUAUGUAGCUAGCUGCGCAUCUGCACGGCGCAGCCUCUGGCGGAAAGGGGCUACUUCCUGCGGCCGUGACAGCGGGCAGCAAUACAGCUACCGCGCUGGCAGGAGCGAAGGCCGUACCUUUCAGGGCCGAAGCAGAAGGGAGCUAAGUUAUCCUUUAAAAAAAAGAUUCCAACCCCCCCCCCCCACACACACCCUCUCCUUCCCUUGUGUGGCUAAUUAUAGUUCAACUAUGAUUUAAGUACUUAAUAAUAAAAAUAAAAACAACCACAAAAAGUAUAAAAAACCUUUUAAAAAUGACCCAAAAACCAAACAAAAAAAGUAGCAUAAAAUUGUUUCUUUCUAGCGUCCUCCAUUCCACUGUUUUUAUUAAAUCUGCUGUUUUGUGUGUUGUAAUUCCACCAACUGCGUUGGAGAUUUCACACGGAGUGUGUAAAAAAAUCCUUUCCAAAGUUCUAGCUUUGCAGCCUCUUGUUCUGAGUUAGUUUCAUUCUGAGAGCGCCCUCUUCACCUAAUCCUCUUUUUUUUUUCCUUUUUAAGCUUUCUGGAUGUCUUGUGUGUGACUUCCUGUAUUUUUGCACUUUUACACGGCCAGCCUUCCGUUUUAUCCCCCCUCCGCAAACAAGACAGGAAACUCCUCAUCCGUCUCUCUUGUGUUGUUGUUUUUUUGGUCAUUUAGCACUUUGGUGUUUUAAAUGUGAUAUCUAAAAUUAGGUCUGCAUUUAAAAUCGGGGGGUGGGUGGAGAAAGGGGAAAGGGUGCUUGUGAACUGUCCUACGUUAAAUAAAAUUUAAACCCAGAUCUUCGCAAUGGGAGAUUGCGUUCGGACAGUUGUAUUUUGCUUUGGAUAGUUCAAUUCGCAGGCAGAAGAAUGAGCAUCUUAAAUUCUACACGAGCAGAAGCAAUCUUUCUGGCUGCCAUUAGAUUGACCAAAGCAAACACUUUAAUGGGCUUUUGCACAAGCACACUCACGUAUACAUAACACAAGUUGAAUGAAAUAUGCAUCAAAUACAAAAUGUAAUUUAACGGGGAGGGAAAAAAAACCUUCGGUGAUGUUGGCACUGCUGUUUGUGCUGGGGCAGUUCAGUAAUUGUGAGUUUUCACUUGUAAUAUGUAAAAUGAUCGGCACAGAGUUCUCUCCCCCCCCCACUCUCCCACCUCCCCAACUUUUAUGUUAAUGUAACUUUUCAGCCUUGAAGGAGGAGCAAAGAAAACCUCUAAAGAGUGUACUUGAGCUUCUCGUAAGGAUUUCGAUUUUAAAGCUCCCUUUACAGCCCCCUUGGAAGGUAUUGCGUUCUGCGGUCACACUGGGGAAAGUCUUCUGGUAGCAAUAAAAAAACAAAACAUGUUGUCCUUCA